AUGCGGCCGGCACUUUUCUCAAGAGGCCCGUUGGCCGUUUGGGCUCCGGCACGCUCUCAUAGCAGUGCCAAUGCGUUUCGCGGGAGACCUUCAGUCUGGGGACGCUCGGCGAUACGAUGCGCAUCUUCUAUUCAGUCAGGGCAUAUUCCAGUUGGUGAAAAUGAAGGAAUUAUCUACAUCAACAAUAUCUUUCCGCAUCGCCUACAAUGGCUGAUGCGUGGACCUCUCAGCCAUAUCCAGCCCUUCGAGGGGCUCCUGGCGAAAUUCAACAAUCCGGGAGUAGCGGCUGCCAAUCCAACCAGCAUAAUCAAGAAAGCUAUACCCAAAGACCUGGAUUUGGAGAUCAAAGACGUCGUCACGAGGUACAAAGAAGGUGGUGCGUUCGUGAAAUAUGCGCCGAAGUCCAAAAUGAGCGAUGAAACCAUCAAAAAUGCAAUUCAUGAGCAUUUGAAGAAUAAUCCCAUCAAGCCCUGGUUUAAUCCAUUCCUCAAAGUUGAUGCGGACCUUGUUCGCGGGACACCCUGGAUCGAGGACCUCUAUCGAAUUCCGAGUCAGACACUCAAAGUGGAGUUUUUGUCGACAUCUCCAGAUACAUCAGGGGCCGAAUUGACUCAAGAAUCCUUGUACUCACUGUUCCGACCUUAUGGCAAAAUUUUGGACAUCCAGUCGCAGCCGUCAGAUUCGAAGGUCGAACCACGAUACGCAACUCUGCUGUUCGAGCGCCCUCGUUUCGCUGUUAUGGCGAGGAACUGCAUGCACGGUUUUGUUGUUUCGGAAGCAGGAGGGGGUGGCAAGUCCGGCACAAAGUUCAAGAUCAACUACGAGCGCAAGAUCAAGUUGUCCAUGAUCAAAGAUUGGAUUCUGAACCACCCGCGACUAGUCAUCCCGGCCAUAGCAGCAUUGAUCGCUACGAUCACAGUCAUCAUCUUUGAUCCGAUUCGCACAUUCUUCAUCACGCUCAAGAUCAAGUCCUCGUUCCAGGGUGAAGAGAACCCCGUUCUGGAAUGGGUUCGAAGACAAGCCAGCAAGGCCAACAUGUUCUCCUUCGGAAAACGAAGGUCAGAUCCGCGAGGUCUUGCAGCUAUCUGGGAAGAUCGACAGAAUGAUAUUGCGCAACUACGUGCCUGGCUGACCGAGACUGCGGAUACAUUCAUUGUAGUUCAUGGGCCUCGGGGCUCAGGGAAACGCGAGUUGGUUCUGGAACAAUCCCUGAAGGACCACAAAUAUAAGGUUGUCAUCGACUACAAGCAAAUCCAGGAUGCUCGGGGUGAUACAGCCAAGAUUUCACGAGCAGCCGCUCAGGUCGGCUACAGGCCGAUCUUCUCUUGGAUGAACAGCAUCAGCAGCUUCAUCGACCUUGCUGCGCAGGGAAUGAUUGGUACCAAAGCGGGAUUUUCCGAGACGCUAGAUGCACAGCUGAGCAAGAUCUGGCAGAAUACCGCUGUCGCCCUGAAGCGAGUUGCAAUGGAAGGACGACGGAAAGACGACAAGGACGCCAAUCUGUCUGAAGAUGAAUACCUGGAGGCACACCCGGAGAAGAGGGCUGUCGUGGUAAUCGACAACUUCGUCAGUGACGAAGCGGACAAUGUCGUGCUCGACAAGCUCACUGAGUGGGCGGCCGGUUUGACAUCGUCAAACAUCGCUCAUGUUGUCUUUUUGACGACUGAUUCCUCUUUUGCAAAACCGUUGAGCAAAGCCAUGCCUAAUCAAGUGUUCCGCACAAUUGCCUUGGGUGACUGCUCGCUGGAAGUCGGUCGUCGCUUCGUGUUGAGUCAUCUGGACGCAGAGGCAGAGGCAGGCAACAACGAAGGUGAACAGCACGUCAAGCGCAAAGACACACUUAGUGGCUUAGAUGAUUGUAUCAAGGUCCUGGGUGGCCGAGUCACUGAUUUGGAGUUCAUGGCUCACCGGAUCGAGGCCGGUGAGACCCCUGAAGCUGCGGUGAAUCGUAUUGUUGAGCAAUCGGCGUCGGAACUUCUGAAGAUCUUCAUCCUGGGAAUGGAUACUGCGUCACCUCAAUGGACUCGUGAACAGGCAUGGUAUUUAAUCAAGUCUCUAGCUCAAAGCAAAGAUGGGCUCCUGUUGUACAAUAAAGUCCUCCUCGGGGAUUUGUUCAAGGCCAACGGCGAGGCCACUCUCCGGGCUCUGGAACAAGCAGAGCUUAUAUCCAUUGGAACAGAUCAAGGAUUCCCACGAUACAUCAAGCCAGGCAAACCUGUGCAUCGCGCUGCUUUCCAACGUUUGGUGGAGAACAAAACCCUCCAGGGCCGUCUCGACCUGUUGAUUCUGUCGCAGCUCAUCAGCAAUGAGAACUCGAGUAUUGCAAAGUACGAGGCGGAGCUUCAGGGUCUCGGUACGCUACCGAAAUAUCCGAAGGAACUCUCAUCGCGGAUUGAGUGGCUCCUGGGCAAAAUUCACGGAUCGCAAUUCAAGAUUCUCAAAUAUGAGCGUGAAAGUGCAUCCCUCUCCAAGGCGUUGCAGAAGGAACACUGA